AUGUGCCGACAAGUUUACUUAAGAUUUCAUAGGGGAAGAAGCAGCAAGAAGGACUCCCGGCCGGACCCAAGCAAGCCGCGCACCUGCUGCAGCCCCAUAAAGGCUGAAGGGAAUACUAAAGGAGAUAAAGCCAAGGUGAAGGACGAGCCACAGAGAAGAUCCGAAAAGCCAGAGCCCAAUCCUAAAAUGGCCCCUGCAAGCAAGGGAGAGAAGGUACCCAAGGCUGAAGAAGGGGAAGGCGACGCUGGUAAGGAUGCCAAUAAUCCUGUAGAGAAUGGAGACACCAAAACAGAGCAGGUACAAAAAGCUGAAGGUGCUGGAGACGCCAGGUGAAAUGUGUGCGUUUUUGAUAACUGUGUACUUCUGGUGACUGUACAGUUUGAAAUACUAUUUUUUUAUCAAGAUUUAUAAAAAUGCAGAAUUUUGUUUUACUUUU